CAUCAAGCCUUCCCGCCAAUAAUGAUUCUUAGUCGCUAGGAAAGACCAAAGUCCUGACGAGGGCCUGACGAGGGCAAAAAAACGGUCAAUAUCCUAGUCAAGGUUUCCUACCUGUCAAGGUUACGGCUGGGAUCCUGAAAUUCCCAGCAUUCGGGAACCGCACUGUUAGGCAUUUAUUCAAGAGCUUCAUCCCGUGUGAUACUGCUACCCAUUCUAUCCAUUUGACGUAGUGCCUGUUCUCUCUCUUCUUCUGGUUCUCCGGGCAAAUGCGCACUGAAUCAACACUGGGUUCAAUUUUAUCACUUGGUAUCUACGCAAUUCGUAUUAUUCACUACAUUACAUUCAACUCCUUUCUCUAAACCUAAUCUUCUUUUCCUGCUGCUUCCAUCAAAGAUUGUGUUUUUGAGGAGCAAUUAUGCCUUCGUGCAUCUAAGUCUAAAUCUCUCUCUCCCGACUCAUAUUAAACUUUAGAUGAUGGUUUCUGGCGUCCGAACCAAUUAAUCCGGCCCUACUACAUUAACAAUGCGGCGGCAUUGCGCAAAUAGCAAACUCGCAGGCGAAGGGAACUAUCCAGACAUUCAAGCGGCCCGCCCCAAUACUAUUGUUGACUUACGUAGUACGGUGGAUUAUCACAACAGCCUUCUCGAUCAGGCCCGACAGCAACACGAACUGGCGCAACCUCCGAAGGCGCAUUCUCACCGAGGUCACUCAGGCCCAAAUCAUCAUUCGCUUAGUUCGCUCCGACAAUGGCUAGGCACGACGGUCAACAGCAAUAGUACGGUUAGGAAGAAGACUAAUAGAAAUGAGAGGGAUCAGCUUAAUUACGAUAUGACGCUACCGCCGCAUCCACAUCUUACGCGAAAGGAAAUUGAGGAAUUUGAGGCUCUUCCCAUAGCCAUCAGGAGAAAAUAUUUCUCCACCUUGGAGCGUUUACGUCUUGCUCAGACUGUUGGUGUCUUAGACCCCUCAAGCCCACCCGACAAGGAACUCCGCCGACAUCAUCAGCGUCGUGGAGCAUCGCUCAGCGCUAUCGUUCCCGGUAGACCACUAGAGCGACCGACUACCUCUCCAACUUGUCAGGACAACGUAUUCUCUGCCGAUUGCGCGUUCCUGGCCAAGCUUCCCGCUAAGAUUAGGGAGAAGCACCUGACUAGGGAGGAGCAAGUCCUUGUCGCUAGACAGUUAAGGCAGAGUGUCAUCUUGGAUGCUGCUGACGAGGCAUUCUUCAAGGCCGGCCGUCUUGCGAACAGACGCCCUUCACCACCUCCAGUCUAUCCACCAACUUUGUCUUCAUCAGAGCGACCUAGUAUGGAGUCUCUGCUAAGCGACAAUGCUUCCGCUGGAAAGCGCGACUCGCUUUACGACAGCUUCCGAUGGCUGGACGAAGAGGAGGAUCUCAACCUACGACUUGCUCUCGACGACUAUCAUGUGAAUUUGAGGGAGUCGGUGCCUAUGGCUCCUAAGGAUCCAAGGUCCCCUUCGUUCCGUCGACAUAUGUCCUUCUCCAAGGUCCCAUUUGGUCGCACAUCUAUCUCAAGUAGACCAGGGACAAAGGAUGCGCAACAACCACCGCCUUCUGCUAACUCGACAUCUGCUACCUCGGUAGGCUUUCCGCAACCUGGACGACGGAAAUCUAGGGCGCUGUCGCUUAUCACUCCGAAACAUGCUGCCUACGAAUCGAUAUCCUCGAUUGACCCCGGCGCUACUCAUUAUCAGGAUCCCGAGGCGCGCUUGAAACUGCGAGUAUACCUAGCUUCGCCGCAGAAGUUUGAUGAAGCAAUCGAGUUUGGUUUCCCUUCGAGUGAUUCUUCGGCAAUUCCGUAUAGGGAUUUGCCAAGCGCAAAGGGCCAAUCGGAUGGGAUAUUUUCUCCAGACUCGGAGAAGUUCAAGACGUUCCUGGAGGAUGAUAAAUCAUCUAUUUACAGUGACGACGCAUCGCUACCAGAUCCCGAGUCGCCUAGAACCCCCGACACGCUAGACAAACACGACAAGUCGCUUCAGCGACCUCGUACCAAUGACUAUCCAUCUAGACUUCCAGAAACCUAUGCGCAAGUACCUGCAGCUUCCCGUGAGAUGACGCUACGCAUGACGCUUACGCGACCCGAUCUACGGGCCUGCGAAGACAAUUUGUACGGGUGGCAACAAGCGCCACGACCGUAUUCCAGCAAACCGUCACAAGUGCUUGCAUUUCGGGACGAUGCACCUACCUCUGCUCCGUACACUAGUCACGGUGCUAAAGAGAGCAUGGACAAGAUUUUUGCGGAUAUCGACCACGAGCUCGGUCUUCCUACUCCUACGGACAGCAAUGUUGUGAAGCGCUUCUGGAAUCGAGUACGACGAGUUUAAGCUAUACAGAUAUAUGCCAGCGAUAUCGAGAAUGAUCAAUCGCAAUGGCCAACACACUCCCCAUGGUUACGCGACUUGCCAACGUAGACCUUCUCUCACUAUGCCGU